AUGUUUCUGACUAGUGAAUAUGAGGAAGAACGGGUUUUCUUGAUUACCAGGAAAAAUGAAUAUUUCUGGGUACCAGAUUUGCACUUCCCUUUGCGAGAUGCUAUGGACAGGUUUCAUGAAGGUUGUUUGCUUGAUGGCGAGCUAGUUAAAGAAAAUAUCGAUGGAAGAGAAGAAAUUAGAUACCUUGUUUUCGACUGUCUGGCGCUUGAUGGGCGCAUACUAAUUUCAAGAAGUCUUGAUAAGCGGUUAGGUAUACUUCGAAAAGACUUGUAUGAACCAUACCGCGACCUUUGUAAUAGGUUUCCUGAAGACAUUAAAAUGUUUCCGUUCAUGAUUGUUGUCAAGCCUAUGGAAUUAUCCUAUGGUUUACAAAAAGUUUUCUACGAGUUGAUUCCAAGGCUAAAACAUGUGUCUGACGGACUUAUAUUUACAGCCCGGGAACGAGGCUACGUGUUUGGAACCGAUGAGCACAUUCUGAAAUGGAAACCAAUAGAAGAGAACACAGUUGAUUUCCAGCUGGUCUUGGAAUUCGCUAUUUACACCGAUCCUGAUGCUGAAAGCAAAGAAGAUGCAUCUUAUACUGACUACGAUUCAAAGCCCACCUGUCAUUUGUAUGCCUGGCACGGUGGCCAAGUUCACAAACCAUACGGUAAGCUAUUCCUGACCGAUGAAGAAUGGGAGAAGCUGAAACAGCUUAACGAGCCUUUGGAUGAGAGGGUUAUUGAGUGUUACCAAGAUAGCGAGGGCCGCUGGCGAUAUUUACGGUUCAGAGGAGACAAAGAUACCGGAAACCACAUUUCUGUAGUAGAAAAGGUUCUUGAGAGCAUCAAAGAUGCGGUCUCUAAAGAAGAGCUCUUAGCAGCCUGCAGCACGAUCCGCGACCGCUGGAAGGAGCGUGAAAAGAUUCGCUCCAAGCGCAACGGGUCUGUCUCGGGGGUGAAUGAUAUGCCCGGUCCUCUGAAACGAAUUAAAACUGACGACUGGAAAUAA